CUUCAACCUCGUCAUUCACACCUCCCAACCAGACAUACUCUCCAAAAAUCCUCGAAAUCAUGGCAGACGACCGACCCUCAACACCACCGCCUCCACCGGCACGUCCGACGCGGGCUGAACUCACACCCGAGCAACUAAAGCGAAUCGAAGUCAACCGCAUGAAAGCAAAGGCCAUCCGAGAGCAGCGCGAAGCCGAGGCGCGAGCUGGCGCAGGCUCUACCAGAUCCUCGGGGGCACCAACAGCAACACAGGGCGUGAAACGGUCCUACUCGUCACUUACAUCCAGCGCCUCGGAAACACCAUCUACACUUCGCGAUGCGAACAAUAAUGACGCAAACGGACCGCUCAACUCCAUAAAGCCGGCGCGCAAUUUCACGAAAUUCGUCGAGUAUGACUUUAGCAAGAUGACUGAUACGAAAGGUGGGUUUCUCGCGGAGGAGGAUGAUCCGUUUAACAAGGCCCUGCAUGUCCGGGAUGGUAAGGAUGGGGAGGAUCAGAAGCCAGCGCAUAUGACGCAGAAGGAGUGGGAGAGGGAGCAGCUGCUUCGGUCGUUGCGGCGGGAUAAGGCGGGGCCGUUUGAGCCUGGGAUUAGUGUGUUGGAUGAGAAGAGCGAGCAGAAGGCUUGUCGCGAGUGUGGAGGGUUGGAGAUUGAUUGGAAGUGGGAGGAGGAGUUGGAGUGUCGGGUUUGUCAUGCCUGUAAGGAGAAGUUUCCGGAGAAAUAUAGUCUUUUGACGAAGACGGAGGCGAAGGAGGAUUAUCUUCUGACGGAUCCUGAGCUCCGCGACGAAGAACUGCUGCCCCAUCUCGAACGACCAAAUCCGCACAAAUCAACAUGGAAUAACAUGAUGCUAUACCUGCGCUACCAAGUCGAAGAAUACGCAUUCUCGCCCAAAAAAUGGGGUUCACCAGAAGCCCUAGACGCAGAGUUCGAACGACGAGAAAACGAGAAAAAGCGACGGCGCGAAGCAAAAUUCAAGACAAAACUCGACGACCUUAAGAAGCGUACACGGGUUGAAGCGUAUCGACGAAAUCGACAGGGUGCUGCGGGCGGGACGUUUGGUGAUGAGAUUGGGAGGGGUGGGAGGCAUGUACAUCAGUGGGGGAGAUCAAUACAGGAUCCCGAGACGGGAAUUGGAACGAAGAAGUGUGUGGAUUGUGGGAUGGAGGUUGAGGAAUUGGAGUUUUGAGCGCUGUAUUUGGGUGUACUGUAUAUACCAUAUUAUUGUUCUGUUAGGGCACAAUCCCAGCCCAAUGAAGUUACGAUUUAUGUCUUGAAUCUACUGGACGAGAAUGUUCUUCUAGCCUCAACAGUGGUGGCAAUGGCAAAGGACAUUGAGCAGGAUAUGAUUCUAAUUCGGUAUAUCAAAUAGUACCUCAUGAU